AAAGAAAAAUCUCUCUAAAUACAUCAACCUUCCUUUUACUACUUAAAAACUGAAAAGUGAAGACUCUUCCUCCUAAUUCCUAUUCUUUGCUUCCCCACUCAAAAAGAAACUAAUACCCCUUCCUUCCUUCUUCCCACCUCUCCCUUUCCAGUUUCCCCUGCCUAUAUCAACCCAAGAAAAACAACAACCCAUAUCUCCAUUUUCAUCCAAACCAAUCACUAUGAAAGCUCCAAUCUUUCUCCUCCUCUUCCAUUUCUCCAUCUCCUCUCCCUUCUUCCCCACUUCACACUCCUCCUCCCAACCCACUUGCCCGCCUCUCAAAUGCAGCCCUCAAUCCCCUGAAAUCCACACCCCAUUCCACCUCACAGCCCACCACCCUCCCGGCUGCGGCAAGCCAGGCUUCACCCUCUCCUGCAAACACAACACCACCACCACCAUCACCUUCCCCCACCACCACCUCGACUUGGUCGUCAAGUCGAUCUCUUACGACGAAAACAGAAUCGACCUCUCGGACCCACGAAGGUGCGUGCACGGCGUCUUCCUCGACCUCGACUUGUCCCUCACCCCGUUUCAGUACGCCUAUGCAGUGAAGGAGUUCGAUUACUUGAACUGCUCGGCCAGGCUCCCCACGGGCUCGUUCGACGAAGUGGCGUGUUUGAGUGGGAAGGAGCAUCAUGUCUACACGGUGGAGGCAGGGGAGAGGUCUUCUUUUGAAGUACUGCCGGAGUUUUGUAGAGUAGUGAAGAGUGUCAAAAUUCCGUUUGGGUAUAGCCCUUACCUUGCUGACGACGAAUUUGGCCUCGGGUUGACUUGGGAAACAGAGUGUGGAGAGGAGAUGUCAAAGGGUUUCUUAGCGAACAACUUGGUGGGAAGUGCCUUGUGUGACAAGUUGUUGAAGCUCGGGUUAUGCUUGGUGGCGGUAGCGUUGCUGUUGAGCUUGAAGAUGUAUCAUACAAACAGAGGGGAGGAGAUGUUGGUGAAUGAGAGAAGCCAUCUUUUUUUUCUAGUUGAGUCACUCAAAGGUCGAGGAGACGAGGAGUCUUCUGCCUAAAGGACUGCUGAGUUUUGAGAUAUGUCAUCAAAGAAAUAGGACCUUUAGUACCUGGUACAAAGUUUGCAGCUGAUGACAUAUGAUAGACAAAUUUUGGAAAGAGGUACACGCACAAACCCCAUGGAAAGGGAUUAUGAAAACCAUAGGCAUAAAACCAGUUACGUCGUACACAAUUCUAAACUGGUACGACCGAUUGCAAUUUCAUGGAACAGAAUUUGUGCUCACUCUAGGAUAUAACUGACUGGUUUACAAUCUGUGGCCGCAUAAGAGCCUAAAGUUAAGGUUUUGAAAACUUAACAGCAACCACAUUUGCUCGAGUACAAGGUAG